GCGCGUGAAUUCGACAAACUUUCACACCAGCAGACAGCAAUGCUGUCUGUCACUGUCAGACACCGCUUGUUGUUUUCUCCUACGUCCGUUCUCUUCUCAAUAAUGUCCUUGGUUCUUAUCACGCGAACAGAGCCAAAGUGACGAUGCUCGCUGGGACUGGGGAAUCUUGAUGGAGUCAACAGCAGCCUCUCCUCCGCUCAAGCUCUUGUUCUUGCUCUCCUGCAUCGCUUGCAUUCCUGCCUCGUCGGCGUCGUCGUCACGACCCAUUUCGAGUCCAACCGCGGAGCUCCUCCCGAAAGAGUCGCUGCCCACGAAAUCCGGCUAUCUCCCGGUGAGCCCCACCUCUGGUUCGGCCAUUUUCUACGCUUUCUAUGAAGCCCAGCGACCCACCACGCCUCCCUCGCAGACCCCGCUCCUGAUUUGGCUCCAGGGCGGUCCCGGUUGCUCCUCCAUGAUCGGCAACUUCUACGAGCUCGGACCUUGGCGCGUCAGCUCUGUCGGGCGAAAUGUCGAACACCUGGUGGUCGAGCCCAAUCCCGGCUCUUGGAACCGCUUGUUCGGCCUCCUCUUCCUCGAUAACCCCAUCGGCGUCGGGUUCAGCGUGGCCGCCUCUCCCGAGGAGAUCCCGAGGGACCAGUUUACCGUUGCGAAGCAUCUCUUCGCCGCGAUAACCGCGUUCGUUAAGCUCAACAGGGCUUUUAAAUCUCGCCCCAUCUAUGUUACCGGCGAGAGUUACGCGGGGAAGUAUGUCCCCGCGAUUGGGUACUACACGUUGAAGUGGAAUGCGGAGUUGCCGCCGUCGCAGCGCCUGAAUCUAGCGGGGGUCGCCAUAGGCAACGGCUUGACGGACCCAGCGACCCAAGUGGCGACUCACGCCGCGAAUGCUUACUUCUCCGGCUUGAUCAACGAGAGGCAAAAAUCCGAGCUCGAGAAAGCCCAGUGGGAAGCUGUCGAGCUCACCAAGAUGGGGAAUUGGAGCCAAGCGACGGAUGCCCGAACUGGGGUGUUGAGAUCUCUGCAGAACAUGACAGGACUGGCCACUUUGUACGACUUCACAAGGAAAGUGCCGUACAACACCCAGUGGGUGACCCAGAUCUUGCAGAAGCAGGAAGUGAAGAGGGCACUGAAGGCCAACGAGUCAAUAGCGUUUGACGAGUGCAGCGACGUAGUGGGAGCUGCGCUGAACGACGAUGUGAUGAAGAGCGUGAAGUACAUGGUGGAGCACUUGGUCGAGAACAGCAAGGUCCUGCUUUACCAAGGCCACUCCGACCUGAGAGACGGCGUGGUCUCCACCGAGGCCUGGGUGAAGACGAUGAAGUGGGAAGGGAUCGAUGAGUUCUUGUCUGCAGACAGGAAGGUGUGGAGGGUGAACGGGGCGCUCGCUGGGUACGUGCAGAAAUGGGGGAGCUUGAGCCAUGUUGUGGUGUUGGGUGCUGGCCAUCUGGUGCCCACCGACCAGCCGUUGAGCUCGCAAGCCAUGAUCGAGGACUGGGUUCUGGAGAAGGGCUUGCUUGCCAGUUCGAAGGAUGAGCGCUUGGCAAGAAGGGAUCACUUGGUAAUUUGAUUUGAUCAGUCGUCUUUGUUGUUGUUCUUGUUGUGCCACUUGUGUAAAUCGUUUUUUACAAGAAGGACAGGAUGUUAGAGUCCAAGAAGAUUGGAUUGCUAUUGUCAAAAUAAAUGCCACCGGUUAACUUAUGCCGAGUUCACGUACAUGCAUAGCAUGUUGGCAAGUUGUUCCCCAUUUUCUCGUA